AUGAAGAACAACCUGCUGCAGGACAAGAGUCCAGUUCAUGGAGACGACUUCGUGAUUCUCCCUGAACCUCGAACAGCGAUAAACAUCUGCUCCAAAGACACAAUGAACAUCACUGUGUCUCAGUGUAGCCUCAACGUCUUCCACAACCUCACCAAGGCGUUCUCUGAGGGCACGGCCUCCACCUUUGACCCGUCUCUGAAGGAGAAGGCCCCCUUCACCAUCAGGAACUCUCUUGGGAUCCCUCUCAUCGUGCAGCACAGCGCCACCCUCAGGCUGGUGGGAUCAUCAUCACUGGGGAAACUUCACGAGCUGUCAGUGGAUCAGAGCGUGGACCUGGAGCACUCCGUGUUCUAUCCGUCGUCACGGGGGAAACUGUCGGCGCUACAGCGGCAAGAGAGCUGCCUGUUCAACCUCACCAUUGUUCCCACCGGAUACAGCGAGAUCUCCAACAUCGCCGUGGACAAACCAGGUCGUCGUCUCUACAACAUCCGUGGCCCGAUGCUGCAGGAGGCGGUUUCUGUGCUGCUGCAGAUCGACGCCGCCGAGGGCAACAAGGUCAUCACCAUCCGUUCGCCGCUGCAGAUAAAAAAUCACUUCUCUGUGCCGUUCACCGUCCUGAAGUACUGUCCAACGUCCCGCAGUCUGGAGAGCGUCGGACAGGCCGAGCCGGAGAGAGAGUUUCACGUCGCCUUAGAAACCUACAGGUGUCAGCUGUUUGUCCGUCCAGCGGGUUCCCUCGAUGGUCAGUACGGUCCGUCCUCCACCUGCGUGUCCUGGAAGGAGCAGGUGCACCGCAGCUCGGAGGUGCAUUCGUUGCUGCAGUGUUCUGCGACUGACAGCAGCCUGCUGCCGCUGAUGGUCAGCACGCUGGCCGUCCCAGACGACCUACGACACAUCGCCAGCCACGGAGAAGAGGACUGGGACCCCGCCUACAUCAUCCACCUCCACCCUGUGGUCACGCUACGCAACCUGCUGCCCUACACGGUCCGCUACAUGUUGGAGAGCUCAGCGGACUCGUACGAGCUUCAGGAAGGCGGCACGUCGGACCUUCUGAACGCUCGUGUCUCAGGUGAGAUCAUGUCUCUGGUGCUGAUGAGGUAUCAGGGUCGCGACUGGCACGGACACGUCCGCAUCAAGCAGGAAAUGCCUGAGUUCUUCUCCCUGAGUCUCACCUGCGAGUCGGACACCAACCUGACAGUGGACGUGAGCGUUCACGUGACGAGGACGACGAGCCAGUUGCUGCUGUCGCUCUUCAGCCCGUACUGGAUCAUCAACAAGACAUCUCGCGUGCUGCAGUACAGAGCGGAGGACGUCAGCGUCAAACACCCUGCGGACUUCAGAGACAUCGUCCUGUUCUCCUUCAGGAAGAAAACCGUGUUCAGUAAGAGCAAGCUGCAGCUCUCUGUCUCCACCAGCUCCUGGUCGGAUGGUUUCUCUCUCGACACCGUUGGAAGUUACGGUUGCGUUCGUUGUCCUGACAACAACAUGGACUUUCUGGUGGGCGUGAGUAUCCAGAUGAGCAGCUUUAACCUGACGAGGAUCGUCACCAUGAGUCCGUUCUUCACACUCGUCAACAAAUCUUCCUAUGAGCUGGAAGUGGGAGAGGUCCUCUCCACGUCCACCAGGUGGCACUACAUCUCCUCCACAGAGUGCCUCCCUCUGUGGCCGGAGAACACCUCGGGGAAGUUGUGCGUCCGUGUGGUCGGAUCUGAAUCCACCUCCAAGUUAUUUUUCUUCAACCAACAGGACAGUGGCACGCUGCUGAGCCUGGACAUGUGUGGUGGAAUCAUCAUGGACGUCAACAUCUCUGAUCACUCGACCGUCAUUGGCUUCACUGAUUAUUAUGAUGGAGCAGCUCCGGCCCUGAUGCUCAACCACACACCCUGGGUCACCAUCAGCUACAGACAGAGCGGCUCGAAGGUGGUUCAUGAGCUGAAACCGGGUCAGGCGCGGCGCUUUGUGUGGGACGACCCAGCGGGCGUCCGAACACUCAGCUGGAGCUGCAUGGAGCAUUCAGGAGAACUGGACCUGCUGAAG